GACUUCAGGAGGAUCAGGGAGAGAGUGCGUAAUCACAAAUACAGGUGCAUUGCAGACCUGGAAAAGGAUAUUAUGCAGAUGUGCCACAAUGCUCAGACGUUUAAUCUGGAAGGAUCUCAGAUUUUUGAGGACUCCAUUGUUUUGAAGUCUGUUUUUGAGAGUGCAAGACAGCGAAUAGUGGAACUCAGCGAGGAAGACAAUGAUGCUGUUGGAAGCAGUGAAGCAGAUGGUGGCCAUCUUUUAAAUCUAGAGCAGAAAACAAAUCCCAAGUUGGAUGAAAAAAAGGAGAAAAAUAAAACCAGUCCGAGUAAUUCCAGCCCAAAGGAGGUCACAAACAGUGACGUAGACAUUGGAAAAGAAUUUGAGAAUAACACAAGAGGACUAUUAAAUUAGACCUCAAAUGACAGCUUCAUAUAACGAGCAUUGUAUGCCAUUUUAAGAACAUGGUAUGGCCAUUUCAGUCCAAUAUCCUUGAUAUUUCGGUCAAGGAUUUGCUCAGAAUGUGAUCUCUCAUUAUAAUGGUUGCUUAAAACACCUUUGUAAAACCUUUGUAUUCUAAAAACGACAUUGUUAAUGCAGUGCUUCUGCAGUGAUACAUCUGAAAUUGGCAUUGUUAUCAUGUAUUUAUAAAAUGUAAAUAAGUCAUAAACCCAAAGUAGAUAAUAUCAUGGUGAAAAAGGUCUAUAAGUUCAGACUGCCUGAAAGCUUUCACUCUUUUUUCCGCAAGGAUGGAAAAAUGAUAGUAUGACAUAUUAUGAUAUUGUACGAUCAUUUAAAUGGAUGCAUUCAAUCUUUCAAGAUGGUUUAAGCUGUGCUAAAUUUGCAAGCUAUUAUGUCUCUGUUUCAGAGAAUUUUUAAUCAGUGGUUUUUGUGACUAUGAGCACUUUGUCAUCCCCUGUUUGUACGUUUCCCUUUCCUUCAUUAACUGUCAACAUCUUUAAAAAAAAAAAAAAGGUACAUUUUUAUCCAGCAGCUCUUUAUCUUUCUUUAGUUAUCACAGGAUCUUAACUAUCUGUACAUAGAGGAGUUUGGGGCAUGAUGGCGAUGUAUUCUUUGGUGACAGAUCAGAUACUGCCCUCAAAGAGAGGCACCUAUUGAUGUGGUGUGUUUGUGGACAGAUUCUUGAAAUUAAAAUGUAUGUGGUUUAUAUGAUGUGAAAGGGCAAGAAAGUUUGAGACAUCAUCGUACAAAAAAUAAACAUUUUUAUGAAAUUG